AUGGAGGUUGAUGAUGAGGCACUCAAAACCGCCAAGGAGGAAGAAAAGAAAUCAGUUCCGGAAAACGAAGCACCCACCCAUACCAUUGACAAUCCUGCGAGAGUAGUUCGGCUCCAGCUAAAGACACUUUCUAUGCCAGAAAAUUCAAGGUAUAAACCGGUGAAGUCGAUAAGUUAUGGAGGGAUAAUCAUGCUCUUAGACAGAACACCGGAACUCAAAGCCGAAAUUGUCGCACAGGCGGUUGCUGGUGGCACAACUUUGGAUCCGGCAGCACCGGAGAAGCAGCCGCAUUCGACUUUUGAGAUUGAUCUCAAGGAUUACUGA